AUGGAGAAGGAUUCUGAGGUUGACUUUGAGGACUUCUUCCGCAGUAGUAUGGAGACAAACACAGAGGUUGAUGCAUCUUGGAACAGCUCGAGUUCCGAGGCUUUUGUGUUAGACUCUGAUAGAUAUGAUUAUGCAACAAAUGAAUUUCUUGAGGAUUUGGAAAGCAAUCAAACAGAUUGCGGAAUUGGAUCUGAUUUUGAAGGCAGCGCUGAUGUUUCUAUGAUGAAUGUAAGUGAAUCGGAUGCUGAGGAUGGGUUUUUAGAGGGUGAUGAAAGUCAAGAUGGCAAUGAAAGUAAUGAAAGGAAUGCAUGUGAUGAUAAAGAAGCAGUUAUAUGUGCUGAUGAGUCUUUACACUUUAGUAGGAUAGAUCUGGAUCGCAAGUGUGAUGAGAUGAUGUUUUCUGGGUUUACGACUGGGUCCAUGAAGAGAAUUAAUGUUAGAAAAGGAAGUGUGAAUGCAGUACUUCAGGUUUUUAGCGAAGAUGGUUGCAACGCUAAUGAAGUAACGAUGAAUAAAAUUGAUUGUGGCAUUCAUGAGCAAGAAGAGGAGCAAUGCGAUGAAUACAAAAUGAAGGAUGUCUAUGAGGAGAUCAAAACAAGGUUUAUUAAGGAGGAUGAGAAUCGAGUUUUUAUGCAGUUCAAGUGGUCUUGGAUAUAUUUUUUCAUGCAAGAUAAGACAAAAGAUUUUGCAGCAUUAACUGAUGCGAUAGAAGAGCAGAUGAGGAUUCGACUUGACAAUGAAUAUUCUGUUCUGAGGAGAAUGGUUGAAGGAGAUGAGCCAUCAUGGAGAUACAUGAUUGUCAUUGUGAUAAGGAUUGAUGAGGAAUGUAUUGAAGUAUUUGAUGGAUCAUAUAGCGUAUAUGUGCGGUGUGAUGAAGUAUUGAAGCAAAGGAUAUGCAGUGGGGAGAUCUAUGCCGGAUCAAGGCUGCGGGUUUUUGGAACUGAGUUAGUAUGUGAGCCGAAGUCAAUUUUUGAGAUUUCUGGUGCAUCACUGAUGUUUCAUUCGAAUGGAGUCCAAGUGACUUUUUUGAAGCGUAAGCUUGGAUUUAAGAAGAAGAAGUGCUUCCGAGUCAGGAUAUGCGAUGUUAAUGCUAGUGGAGGAACUAUUAGCUGUAUUCAAGGAUGUGUUACUAAUGUGAUUGAAACGAAGUAUCGGGUGAAGGUAGAGAAUUACAGUAACAUUACGGAUGAUAUUGAACCCGAGCUUGAUAAGAUACAGGAGUUGGCAAUGAAAGCAGAGAGAGUGUUUUGCUCGAAUGACUUGAAGAUCAAUGCAUACACUAAGUUUGUUGUUAAGGAUGAGAGUGGAGAGUGCAUAGUGACAUGGUGGAAUCCUACGUUUGGUGUUGAAGAGGGCCAGGUUCUUAGAAUGGUGUGUUUGACUCCGUCGAUGAAGAGAAUGACUAAGGAGAAACAUUUUGUUAGCACAAGAAGAACUUACAUGCGAGUAGUAAAAAGCAAAAGUGGGAAAAAACCUAGACUGGAAAUUAAAUAG